AUGUCGAUAUAUUAUUAUCCUGAUAAAUAUUGGGCAUUAGCCAUUCCAGCAUAUACGCUAAUGUUGAUGGUUUAUGUGUAUGUUGCGUUGGCAUUGUACAACACUGAAGUUUUGACUUUACCCUUAGAUGAUGUACGAAAUUUUGUUGACGAACAUUCAGUUUUAGUUGGUUCUUCUGAAGCUGAUGAGAUAGCGAAGGCUAACAAAGCUAUAGAGUAUCUCUGGAAGUCUCCAAGCGGGGUGUGGGAUUUACCUGUUACUUUGGUGAACGAAGUACUAUACGGCGAAGAGGAAGAAGUAGAAGUUAGCUUAUAG